CCUCCUGGACCGAGCACCGCGUCGACCCGCGGACUCCGGCCUCCUUCUUGGAGCCCUUGACGUUCACCUCCCAGUUGUCAGCACCAUCAGUCACCAUUGACUACCAAGGCCAGGACUCGUCGGACUUCUCCGCGACGUCGACAGAAGCCUACGACCAGUACUUCCACCACCAUGGGCCUCCCGACUUCGUGACGCCCAGCCUGCGUCGCGGCGAGCUUGGCCAGGACGGGGCCCUGCUGCAACUCCAGAGCGACUCGAAUUCGCUCGUCGAGAUGAACCACCACCACGGGGACAUGCUGCCGGCCGACUCGACGAGGGACAUCUGCGGGAUCAUGCCCAGGAAGAGGGACCGCGGAAGCCUCCAGGACUGCGGCCUCGGUGGCGGCGGCGGGGGCGUGUCGGGGCUGCCGCUGAGCCGGGAGGAGCGACGCCGCCGACGCCGCGCCACCCUCAAGUACCGCACGGCGCACGCGACGCGAGAGCGGGUGCGCGUCGAGGCCUUCAACGUGGCCUUCAGCGACCUGCGCCGUCUGCUGCCCACGCUGCCGCCCGACAAGAAGCUGUCCAAGAUCGAGAUCCUCCGGCUGGCCAUCUGCUACAUUGCGUACCUGAAUCACGUGCUGGAAGCAUGACCCUCGCCCGACGCCCCCGAGGGCACAUACCCGCCACCAAUGUCCUUCGAGGACUACGGCGGGGGCGUCGACUGCUACAUGUACUAGGCCCAGUGUCUCACUGGCGCCGCACUGCCCGCUCUGCCGACGGGUCAGUCUUGAGUCUCGUGGAACGUCCUGGACUUCCCCCACGAACUCUCACACCAGGGCCGCCCUUCAUUUGGGGCGAGCCUUCUGUAAAUAGAAACGGGUGCCGCAAAAAUGGCUUUGUGGAUUAGGUUCUUGCAUCAUCGUCAUAGCUGUAACAGGUCUCUAAGACCUUCCCUACAGCCGUCUUAAAAAUGGAAAUGUUGAUUUGGGUUGGGUAGUUCUAUGACAUGGUAUGAGUUUAUCAUACCAAGAAAUGUUGAUUUGGGUGGGGUAGUUCUAUUACAGGGCAUGAGUUUAUCAUAACAAUAGUAUAUAUCCACAGUCAAAUAUAUUUACAUGUUAACUUUUGUUGUAAUGCUGCUCUUUGUGAUUUUGUUCUAUUUUCUAGUCAAUUAAGUUAAGUAUAGGGUAGUUGGGUGAAACUAAACCUGGGGUCGUAUAAAAAUUAAUUGUAGAAAAAAAUUGAUGUUUAAGUGUAGAUAAAUAUUGAGCAGAAAUUUCUCAAAUACACAUUGACUUUGUUUUAA